UACUCGACAUGGCGGUAAGAAAACUGUUUCCUAACACAGGACAGUUAUUUUGAGAUCAAAUGCGUGCUUCUUUACUCGAUUAGCACUGUUCGCAUAAUCUGGAGAUGUAUUUGUAUUCUCAGCGGUUUGUCUCUUGCUCAGGGACAUCUUUAUUUCCUACGUUGACGGAUUACAGAUGCACGUUGCUUGCGUUUUGCACUUUUAACUAUUUAUGGUUUACUCUUUUUUUUCAGAGAGCUUUCUUUAGACAGCUUUUUAACGUUUUAAUACCGUCUGAGCAUGAACUUCGCGUAAAGUCCGUGUGUCUGAUGAUCUGACAUGAAGUCAAUACAACUCUGAAUAAUCUCAAUCCAUGGCCACCAAAAUGUCAUCGCCCAGUGAUGUACGGGAGAAGAUAAAGAAGAAGCGGAGAGCAUUGCAGGAGUCAAUGGGAAGAGUCAGAGAUGAUAAGGAGGCUUUGGUACCAUCAGACUGGGGUUUGUCUAAGGAGAAUGAUCACACUACGGUGGAGGAGCUGGCAGAUGGAGAAGAUCCUGGUGAGACACUCAGACGUUCAGUGAAAGCAAAGCACAUGAAGAGAAAAAAGAAGCUGCUAAAGGAAAUGGCCCUGGAGUCUCCUCCAGAUGAAGAGAAGAUGUUGGACGAGGUGACAGCAGUACAAGAGGAGAAAGAAGAAGCUGCAGUGCGAUCUCCUAGAGUUUCUCUAGACCGUCCUCCUCGUCCAGUCAUAAGGCCGGGCUCCAGCCAAUCAGAGACCUCAAUGAGGCAGAGGAUGACUGAGAAGCUGAGAGCAGCCAAGUCUAAAGCUGCUAGUCUUCUAGAGCAGGAAACCAUUAUUGAGCCUGUCAGCCGCCUGCAGAGUCUUCGAGACAGAGAAACCCUCACUAGAUUCGACAGAGAUACAGAUCUAGAUGUACGAGUUGAUGAAGACUCGUCCUUUGCUGCCAGGUUGACGUUUCGGGAUGCGGCCAGACGUGCAGCAAAAGACAAAAGAGCUGAUACUGGUUUGCCGACAGCUGAAGAGGCGUACAACUUCUUCACCUUUAACUUUGACCCCGAGCCGCCAGAGAGACAGCGCCAUAAGAGAAGAGAGGCAGAAGAGGCAGAAGAGGAUGAAGAGGCUGAAUCAGGGGAAGACGAGGAGGAAGAUGAGGAAGAGGGUGAAACAGAGAGAGAGCAUGAUGGAGAGCAGUCAGAAGCCAGGGAUGAAGAUGCCCCACUAGUCAGGGACGAGGAAGAGGACUUGUUCAUCAUUGACCAAUCAGAACAAGAUUUCCUGGAAGUGAGGAGGGCGGAGUACAUGGGGUACAGCAGGCAGUUGCAGAGGGAGAGAGAAGUUCUCUUUGUUCCUAGCAUGAGGCCAGUUCCUGCCUCUGAUAAGUUGCCAGAGAAUGUGCGACCUCGCUACCUGGAGGAGGAGGGGCUGUAUGUGGGAGAGAGGCCGUCUGUCUCCCUGACCAAUCAGAACAUUUUGGAAAAUCGCAUUGUGAAGCAAGCCGAGGGCAGGAAGUGGUUUGGAGAUGAUGGGCGUAUCAUGGCUCUGCCUGACCCAAUCAAAGAGUCCUCCUCCAGACCUCCUCUCCUCCACCUGGAGAAUGCGCUUGAUCCAUCUCUGCAGACCGUCUUCAGAAAGGCUUUGAAGUCUAAGCAUGUGAACCGCUACAUUGCGGGAACAGAUGACCUCCCAACAGACUACCAGCUGGAUGUAGACGUAUCUGGUCUCAUUUUCUCCCAUCACCCUCUUUUUAGCCGCGAGCAUGUGUUGGGAGCCCGUCUCGCCCAGCUGUACGAUCAACACCUAACCACACAGCACAAAAACCUCACGCAACUUCUGACUGAUAAGGUAACUCAGAGGAGUCACAUCAUAACUUAUUUUACUACUCCUGACAUUCAUUCUGGAUGUGUCUGUGUGCUGUAUUUUCAGCUGAAUGGCUUAAGGAGCACAAUUCUUAAUAUGAUGGAGCUACACAGGGGCGAGGCUCUCAGUCAGGUGACCCAACAGAGGAUAGCAGAGUACAAACAGGAAGUGAGACACACUCGUCAACAGCGUGAUCUGGAGCAAGAGAAGGACCGAGCUCUCCUUAAAAACAUCAUCCGAGUGUGGAAAGAGCUCAAAGCUUUGAGAGACUUUCAGAGAUUCACCAACACGCCUUACAAACUCUUCAUCAGGAGAGAGCAGGUGGAGACGGAGCGGGACAAACUGAAGUUUGAGAAUGAGAUUGUGGCGGAAAUGUCAGAACUGCAGGAGGAGGCAGAGGAAGACUAUCAGAGAAAGAUGAAAGAGUACAGGAGACAACAUGAAGAAUGGAAAUCCUGGAGAAGAAGACAGAAAGCCCUCAAGAAAAAACAAAAACAGAAAAGACAGCAGGAGGAUGAAGAUGAGGAUGAGGAGAGUGAAGAAGAGCUGGGUGAGGAGCCAGAGAAGCCAAACCCUCCGGAGAAACCUGACAUGACCGCUGUGGAAGAGCAGGUACGGGAGAAGGCUGCCAGGAUUCGCAGGAAACCCGGGGAACCGGUUCUGACUCCAGAACUCACUGUUUCAGGACCCGUCACCCCCAAUGAACAGUGUCCACGUGGUGAAUUUGCUCGUAGAGAGGAGGUGGCCAAGCGUGCCCUCUUCAUUAAAGUCCUCUACAAUGAUAAAGAAGUUUCUAGAACAGACAGUCGAAACCUCAACAUGGAUUUCAGGGUUCACCUUGGUCAGAUCUUUAAUUUGAAGAUAGUGAACUGGCCAGAGAGCAUCAAACUGCAGAUAUUUGAGACUAUCGGGUCGUCUUCCACCCAGUUGGCCGAGGUGUGUGUCCCGGUUCCAGAAUCGUCCGUUCUCACCGGCAGCGCACCAUUUGAGGAGAUGGAGUUUAGCAGCAACCAAAGAGUCACGUUUAACCAUGAGGGUGUUGGCAGUGGUGUGCCGUUCUCUUUCGAAGCUGACGGCACUAACACGCAGACCCUCCUGACCUCAGGGAAGAUCUCCUGCUGCGUGUCUUGGGCCGUAGGGGAGGGAGACACUCCCCUCGCUCCCCUCCCUCCCUCGUCCAAUCAUCCAGGAGGGGGAAUGUACAGUGGUUUCAGGCAGAUGGAUGCAAUCGCAUGUAUCGGUGCAUCUAGCUUAAACGACAUGAAGAAAUUGGGAAAGUGGGUGACUGAGUCUCGCCUUGACCCCAAUGACCCCAACAACGCUUACAUCAUGCAGCUACUCUCAGUGGCGAGUGGUGGAGAGGUGGCAGUUCCUGAGUAUUUCCGUCUGGAGCAACUUCAGGAGGAGUUUAAUUUCCUGUCUGAAGAGGAGCUUCAGUGCUCCCGUCGCUUCCGUCUGCUGAGGCUCAGGAGUCAGGAGGUGCCGGAGUUCCGUAACUUUAAAUGCGUCCCGUCUGUGGAGCGUGAGAUUUCUGAUAAAGUUUUCCAGGAUUAUGAGAGAAGAAUAAAGGAGGGAGAGAUCAUUGACACACAGGAGCACAUUGAUGCACAUCGAGCUCUCGUUGCCAAAUAUCUGCAGAAAGUGCGAGAGUCCGUCAUUAAUCGUUUCCUCAUAGCGAAGCAUCAUUUUAUCCUGUCUGAUGUGGUUUCAGAGGACGAGGUUCCCAGUAUCGGAGUUUUGGGCUUGAACUUGUUUAAACUGGCUGAACCCAAACGACCCCUGAAGCCUUGUAGGAAGGAGAGGAAGAAGGUGACGGCUCAGAAUCUCUCAGAUGGAGACAUCAAGGUCCUGGUGAACAUCAUCAGAGGAUAUGACAUCCCAAUCCGCAGACCUUAUGCCAGCAAACCACCUGCACUGGCAAAGUCAUCACGGCCUUUCAUAGAGACAUUUACAGCACCAUCCCAGACACCCGUACAGGGCAGUGAGUGGCCCCUUGGACAGCCUCUGAUCAGGCCCUUUGUGGAGGUGUCUUUCCAGCGUUCAGUCCUCCAGACGUCUACUGCUGAGGGUCCAAACCCCUGUUGGAAUGAAGAGAUUGUACUGCCAUUCAGUGCUCCAAAUGGAGACUACAGCUCCACCAGUCUUCAGUCGGUUAAAGAUGAAGUCUUCAUCAACAUCUUCGAUGAGCUUCUCUGUGAUGUAGUGGAGGAUGAGAGAGAGAGAGGAAACACGAUUCACACUCGGAUUGAGAGACACUGGCUCGGUUCCAUCAAGAUUCCCUUUAGCACCAUCUACCUGCAGUCUCGGGUUGAUGGAACGUUUAAGGUGUCCAGUCCUCCUGUUUUGCUGGGAUACAGUAAGGAGAGGAGUUUAGGCAGUGAAGGUGGAUAUGAUGCUAUCCGCAGUCUGAGUGAAGGAACUUACCUCAGUCUCUUCAUCACCAUUGAGCCGCAGCUGGUGCCAGGAGACACCAUCAGAGAGAAGUUUGACAGUCAGGAGUCGGAGCGAUUGCUGACAGCAUGUGAUGUCUUUGAGAAGGAGGCCAGUCAUCGAUUCCCUGACCGUCCCUGUCUCACCACGGUCAUCGACAUCAGCGGUAAAACUGUCUUUGUCACACGAUUCAUUCGACCUUUGAAUCCACCCCAGGAGCUGAUGGAUGCUUUUCCAAACAACCCGCAGGAAACCAUGGAGUUAGUUGCGCGAUAUGUGUCGCUCAUCCCGUCUCUUCCAGACAGCGCGUCCUUCGCAGGAGUCUGUGAUUUAUGGAGCACGUGUGAUCAAUUCUUGACGCUGCUAGCAGGAGAUGAGGAAGAACACGCUGUAUUACUUUGCAACUAUUUUCUGUCUAUGGGAAAGAAGGCGUGGCUUAUCAUAGGCACAGCCAUUCCUGAGGGCCCCACAGCAUACGUGUUGACGUACGAGCAGAAUCGUUACCUGAUCUGGAAUCCCAGUACAGGACAACAUUAUGGACAGUAUGACACAUUCUGCCCAUUACAGACCAUCGGCUGCCUCAUUAACACUGAUAAUGUAUGGUUUAACAUCCAGCCGUACGCUGCACCAGUGAGAAUGAGUUUUGAUGUCUCUAGGCCAAAACUUUGGAAAGGGUUUUUCUCACGAGCGUUCCCUGAACCCGGUCUCUCCAGCGUGCAGCCGGAGUCUCUGGCGUACAGACAGGCCGACAGACCAGCUGCUGAUGAGUUACAAGAUAGGAUCGAGAAGAUUUUGAGAGAGAAGAUCAUGGAAUGGCGUCCGCGUCACCCCACGCGCUGGAAUCGGUUCUGCAUAUCUACAUUACGACAGUUUUUGCCUAAACUGGAGCUGAGCGGAGGACGUGAGGUGGCUGAAGAACAUCGUCUCGAGCUGCAAAGCCUUCUGGGAGAAUACAGGAUAUCUGGGUUUCCCCUGCAUCUGCCUUUCUCAGAGAUUCGGCCAAUCAUUGAAGCCGUUCACAGCACAGGGGUCCAUAAUGCGGAGGCCCCAAAUACAGAAUUUGCCCUGGCGGUCUACGUGCACCCGUAUCCCAGUAACGUGCUGGCGGUUUGGGUGUACAUCGCCUCUUUGGUCAGCACACAUUAGAUCUCAGCACACAGCAGGACAUUGUGAAUGUAUUAUAUAUGGUAAUAUAUAUUUUUACAUAUAUUUUAAUGGUAGCCUUUUUUU